AUGUUUGCAGUACAGAAGACAAGACGAGAAGAUGGAACAAAAACAAUCCGCAAGGGAAAUUCAGCCUCGAAAAUUGAAAAGUGGAUUGCUUAUCUCGUAAAGGACAUAAGGACAAGUGGCUUGCCCGGCUAUAAUUCACUCGAGUUUGGAUGUUCUAUGUUGUUCGGCUCAUGGCACGAAACUCAUUUUCGUCAAUACCCUUUCUCAACCAAAACAAAGGUCAUCAGUCAGUUGCUGCCACCAACGAAAGACUUUUAUAAUUAA